AUGCCUGGCAUGGCGUCUGCCUUGUUCUCGGAGAAUAAGCAGCUGCGGAGGCGUGUGCGGGAGCUGGAAGGCGAGGUGAGUUUUUUGCAGGAUCAGAACUACCACAUCCAACGUGUGAAUGAUACGUACCGUGGGAAGGUGCUGCAGUACAUUGAGUCACUCCGUUCCAAAGGGCGCAGGGGAUCUUCACCGGCCUUUGCGACUGCCAAGGAUUUGGAGGAGCUUGUGAGGCGACUACGCGCUCAUGACAUCACCCACUCGUCUUCACGACCGCGAGUUGAGGAGAUGACGGCGACCGUUUAUCCGAAGGGAUCUAUCACUCGUGAAGGGGACGACGGUCUUAUGAACAGCACAAGCUCGCUCUCUCGUGCUACCCAAGAGGGGGAGGGCGGGGUGCACGUGGCGGGUCGUAGUAAUGCUCCAAGAAAAGAGGCGUUUUCCCCAAAAGGGAAGAAGACUCAAGCCAAUGAAUCUGCCGCAGUGAAAAACGCGCAACGGGCAACCGUAUUGAAUUUGACAGCAGAGAACAGGAAAUUAGUGUCUCUUGUCGACACCCUUCGAUUGCGUCUUGCGGCAGCCGGGCGUCUGAAUUCAUCGCUGGAGAAAAAAUAUCGUGCCUUGUCAUCAUUGAUGGGCUGUUCUUGUUCUUCGGGGUCUGGGCGCCAGCAAGAUGUCGCAAGGGACAAAAUGCCCGGUUUACCAGAGCUGGAAAAACAGUUGAGGGAACUAGGAGAGGAAAAUGAGAAGCUACGCAGCGAAAACGAUCAUAAUAAGGAGUUGUUUCAGGAACUUUCCCAUUAUAGGAUUCUGCUUAGUCGGAAAACCGUGGAAGUUGAGGUUCUACGGCAACGUGAAUCAAUUUUACUCGAGGAGAUAAAUGAUUUGAAGGGGAAACUGGCCAAAACGACGGAGACGCUUCAGACGAUGGGGACGGCUUUGCGAUUAGGUAAAGUUCGUGAAAAACGGGCGAUCUCAGCCAUGGAGACGUUACAAAAGAAGACUGAAGAACAGGAAUUGCAGCGGCGGCAGCAGGUACAAGAAACAAGAAUGACCGCAUCGGAAAUACAGCCAGCGUUCUUAUCUGCAUUUAUUGAACGGGUCGCAACGGCGUUGGAGCGGCAUCAUUUUGUGUUAAGUGAAUAUACGCUUGCCUGCCACAUGCUGCAUGUUAUCCUUCAUGGCCGGUUCACGGGGCAAAGAGCCCAAGAGUCGAUGUGGGCUAUAGACUUUGGAUGGAAAUCGAUUGUAACGGAGACACUUUUUUUGGCUGCAGAACACCUUGCCAAUCUGAUAAAAUUUUUUGAGGAGACGACGAUGGUACACAUUGCUUCUGUGACAUCAUCUUCGUUGGCUAAGAGCGGCGUGGAUGCUCCAGUCGCAAAGGCAUCAGAGGACGGUGACAGAAGUGGCUGCUUGGAUAACCCAGGAAAUAUGAACAAGAAUAAACGCCUACAACCCCCGAUCCAAUUAUUCACGGAUGACGGCAAUGAAGUUGCACUGAAAAGCGAAGAUGAAGACAAAUUGCUGUCAAGUAACCCUGUGAGACGUGAGUCGAGAUCUAUUAAAGGAUGCGUGGAGCGCAGCCAUGCCCAGAUGGUGGAUGCUGCCACAAUCACUGUUUCGCCGGUGCAGAUUAGUCUGGCAGUUGGUUGCAGUUUGCCGGUUUCCCCUCAGUUUCCAAGCAAAGGCACGGAAACCAUCUCCCCGCUUUUGAUUAGUCGUGCGGUGGGAGAAGAUUUUGGGAUUGAGGGAAGCGCACUUGUUUUUCCAGUGGCCUGUGCCGCGUCUUUUCAGCCCGAUGGGCGGCGUGAGCAAUGA